AUGCCACAAGACUACGAAAACCCCAGGAGUAUCCCUGGGAAUGCCCGUCCGGCCAAUGUCCUGGCGCCGCAGCGGCUAGCCCGGGAGCCCAGUGGCCUGCCAGAGCAGCAAUUGCCGGCUCAAGAGACGGAUUCCAGCAAGAACAGCUGCGACAAGCCAGAAGCUAUUGAAAUCGAGAACCCGGAGGACGUCGAAGCUCCAUCAGAGCCCGCAGGAGACGGCGAGCGAUUCCUCCUCGACCCGGCCGGCGACCUCACCUACGACAUCACCACCGUCGACAUCAUCACCGUCCCGUGCCCCGGCGGCGACCGACUGCGCACAUGGAACCGCGAAGGCCUGCUUGGCCGCUACUUUGGCGCGCCGUCCAUGCGCGAUGCCCAACACGUCCACAGCAGCACCGGCGGCGAUCCGCGCCCGUCGUCCACAUCCUGGGUGCGCCAGGGCAUCCGCCGCGUGGCCAGCAAGGCGCGCAUCCUGCUCUACGCGCACCCGCGCCCCGUCGAGGGCACGACACUGCAUCUCCUCGCGGAGGAGCUUCUUCGCGCCCUGCACACGCUGCGAGAGAACCAGCAGCAGCAGCCCGGACGGCCGCUGCUCGUCCUCGGCCACGGCAUCGGCGGCCUCGUGGCCAAGAUGGCGCUGGUGCGCGCUGGCCGCGAGCCCCGGUACCGGGACAUCCUGGACGACUGCUACGGGGUCGCGUUCUUUGGCACGCCGCACCAGGGCUCGAGCUACUUUGCCAUGCGCUCGCUGGCGGCCAGCGUGCAGCGCCUGCUGCAGCUCGACGUGCCGCUGCCGGAGACGCUCACGGCGGAUCUGCGCGUGGGGAGCAGCCUGCUGGCGCACAUCGACGAUGACUUUAAAGAGAUUGCGAAUGAUAUGCGCAUAUGGACCUUUUACGAGACAAUCGAUUCGCGGCUGUCGGGCCGCGGUGCGGGUGCGGCCGUGGCCGGCACAGCGACCGCAGCGGGCACGAAUGGCGGCAGCGCGGAUGCACCAGAGAGCGUCUACUUCACGGCGCCGCUGACGUCCAUCAAGUCGGCCAUUCUCGGCAUGCGGCAGGAGCGUAUAUUCCCGCUGCAGAGCGACCAUGCCAACGUGGCCUCGUUUGGGCGCCACAACGUGUCGACGAUGCGGCUCUUUCUGUGCCAAAUCGCAGAGCAGGUCGAGCAUGCCGAUGCGCACAUUGCGAGUGGGAGCGACGGCGAGGGCACCGCGCGCUGGUCCAUGCCGGACUUGGAGCAAAAGGUCAAUGUGGAAGUCCACGGCUUCUUUGAUGAUUUCGUCGGCGGCACCGGCAUCACGGCGGUGCGCGCCUGGUCCACCAGACUGCCGCUCCGCGAGUUCAUCACAAAGGGCCCGGAAGAGUGCUUGAGUGAGAGACUGAGUGAGGUCGACGGGUCGCCGGGGCCGGGACAGUUUCUGCAGACAAGAGGCAGGACGUCGCGUGCGCAGGGUGAAUACAGCGUGGAGCACUCGCCUUCGCCGACGAGGGAUGUCAUAUCAGUGCCGCCUGCCAUGACCGUCAGGGACGCUCUGGGCAUCGACAGUCAAAUCAGCGAGCCGACAGGGACCGUGGUGCCCAUGUCGCCCAUCAUCCAGGCACUGCACCGUCUUCCCGCCGCGCCGCCCGCAUCCUCGCCAAAAUCCGCGCCCAUCGGGCCCAUUGCCUCGCCGCCGUUCUGCGCCCCCUCGCCGCCGAACCGCUCCUCAGCCUCUGCCGUGCCGCACGCGUCCCCCUUUUUGCGCGCGCAGGUCGAGCAGGACCUCGUCAUCGACCGGCUCUCGCCGCCGCUGCGCGGUCGGCGGGCGGCCACCACGCCGGGUCUCGUGUCCCUGAGCCGGUCGGCGAGCCUGGGCAGCGACGGCGGCGCGUCGUCGCGGUUCAAGUAUCGCGACUUUCCGCCGUUUUCGGUCCGCAGUCGGAGCGCGGGCGGGGACGAGCUGUUGCUGGGCGCUGAGGGGGAGGACGAGGACGAGCUCGAGGCGUCGCCGCCGCUGCUGGAGAAUGUCUUCGGCGUGCGGUCGGGGUUUGCCGCUGCUGGGGCCAGCAAUCGAGGCCCAGAGCCGGGUGUUUUGCUCAAGCCAGAGGCGCAAGCUAAAAAGUUUACAUGGAUCCAUCUCCCGUAUAAUAAUCCAGCAUGGGUCAAGAGCAUCUUGCAAGCGCUCCAAGUGUGCUCAGGACAGAACCUCUCGCACUUGUACGGGCCAGACUUUUGGGCGACAAAGCAUACAAGAGGACGACACUCGCAGCAUUACGCAUACUUUGCCAAACCCGGCUGCUAUUUCACAGCACCGAGAGCUUUGUCGCCAUUGAGCACCUCAGCAAUUAGUCCCACGAUGCCGCCCUUUGCCGGCGAUCAAGGCAUGUACACCUGCCUCUUCUUCCCCUACCUCCACUUCGACACGUACAAGCGGCUGCUGCGCCGGCGCAACCUCAUCCUGCAGCGGCUGGCGCAGGGCCAGUCGCGGCCCGUGCCCGCCAACGUGGCCAAGACAGACUCGACCGAGAUGCAGGUCAUCUGGGAGUUUCUCGGCCACGACCCGCCCGUCAACUGCCGCCGCACCCUGGACCAGUUUGGCUACCCCUCGCUGCGCGAUACCCGCUCGCGCGACGACGACCAGAUGCUGUACAAGCUGACCAAGGAGCGCUUCGGGAACCAUGGGCAGCAGCAGCAGCUGCAUGCGCAGGGGUCCAGCACGCGCGAUGGCUCGCAUCGCAGCGGGAAUGAGGGCGGCAACGUGGGCUGGAAGGAGAGGCUGACGAGGUUUCGGGGGCUGAAUGAGGACCAGAGCGGCGAGGAUGAUGUCUUGAAUGGCAACGUCUUGAUGGUCGAUCAGCUGUGGCUGUGGGUGGUGAAUACUCAAACUGUGGUUACAUUCUUCCCCAAGCGCGAGGGGGAUCCCAUUGAAGGGCCUCUGUUUCAGCAAGCGGAUCUACGGGACAGCAUCUUCAACGAGGUCAAUGUUGACUUUACGCGCCAGUGCGAGAAUGCGCUUGACCUAGCUGCCCUGUCCGUGCUGCAUGCCGUCACCGUUCUCCUGGACCGGUCGUCGCAUCCGGACCUCGAAGUAUUCCGCAUCUUUGAGGAGGCAAUCAGUGUCUUGACCGAGAAGCUCACGAGCUCCCUCAAAGAGUUCCGCACAGAGGGUGUGCGCGACAAGACGUUUGACUUUGAACCCGUCGACAACCGGCUGCGCUUCAUCCGCGCGCGCCACAAGGAGGAGGGCCGCCGGGCCGAGCGCGAGAACCGCGACAACACCUCUGCGCUGCUCGAGCUGCGCGACAUUGAAGACGAGCUCGUGACGCUGCUGCAUCUCUUUGCGCUGCAGAGCAAGGUGCUUGCCUCGAUGCACGCCAUCUACGCGCGCGCCGAGCUGCGCGAACACACUACCCGCGGGCGGCUCUUUCUCAACGAGGCGCUCAAAAAGGUGACGGAUUAUCAGCAGCAGGCGGAGGAGAUGACGCGGCGGGUGCGCGACACGCGCGACGACUACGACAAGCUGCUGCAGAUGGUGCAGCGCCAGGCGCAGGUGGACGAGGUGCGGCUGAGCAGGCUGCACGCCGACGUGGCGGGCGCGCAGAACCGGAGCGUCAUGAUCUUCACCAUCUUCACCGUCAUCUUCCUGCCGCUGACCUUCUUCACGGGCCUCUUUGGCAUGAACACGCGCGAAUGGGGCGGCGGCGACAACCUGUCCCUCGCCACGAUUGGCGCCAUUGCCCUGCCCGCGAGCGUCGUCUUGAUUGUCGCCUCGCUCGUCGCCGCCUGGAGCACGACGGCGCGCCGGCUGGCCGACGGCGUUUUGCGCGCCGUCCGGCGCCUGCAGGAGUACGCGUACGUGCUGCUCUGGGAGCCGUGCCGGCGCGCGCUGCACGAGCUGGCUGGGCGGGCGUCGGCGUGGGUGGCGGCCGGCAGCAGCAGCUCAGAUGCCGCUGGUGAGGGCGACGCGGCCGGCGGUGGUUCGGCGGCCGGGGCGGCGCCGGCGCUGCGCCAGGAAGCGAGUGACUUUUGGGACAGGCAUCGGCUGGAGCGCGAUAGGGCGUAUAGGAUCCCAGAGGUGAAUAAGAGGGGUGUGCGGAAAGGCUGGUCGGUGAGGACGAAGAAGGAGAAUAAGAGCAAGUAG